AUGGGCUCAUUCAUCAGGAGAUUUCUUCUAACAAAACCAAAGCCAGGAACACCGAGAAAAACUCUCGACGCUUUCAGAAACACAUACGGUACAAUAGAUGCUGUCGCCGGAACUUCGAAGGCCGUCUAUACUGUGGCAACAGUGGGACCCCUUGCAGUUGCUGCAGCGGCAUUGGAGAAUUUUAAAUGGGAGUCUGAAAUCGCCCUGCUGAAGGAUAGAGUUACGAAUUUAGAGGCGGCACUACAAGAGACUCAGCAAGGAUACCAUCAUCUGCAAGCGGACCACACGGAGCUGAGCAAAGAACAUGAAGAAGUUAUGAAGAAGGUGAAAGAAAUGAAAGAGCUGUCCCAAAAGAUCAACAAACAUAAACCCUAG